GCAGGUUAUGCAGGGAAGAGAACAGCAUUGUCCUUCGAUCACAAACACUACGUACGUAGGCUAGCUGCUGUACAGAAUGGCCUUGCUGCUUCCACAAAACUGCAUUCACCUUGUCAUACUUGUACUACUACUGCCACUUAUGGUACUAGAUGGAUUCGUCUUGGGCGGCGGCGGCAAUGGCACCGGCGGGGACGACCUGUCGGCGCUGCUGGCUUUCAAGGCGCAGCUCUCCGAUCCGCUCGGCGUCCUUGCCACAAGCUGGACGAGGAACGCGUCCUUGUGCCGCUGGGUCGGCGUGUCGUGCAGCCGGCGGCGGCCGCGGGUGGUCGUCGGAUUGCGCCUCCGGAGCGUUCCCCUCCAAGGAGAGCUCACCCCUCACCUCGGUAACCUCUCUUUCCUCCGUGUCCUCGACCUCGCCGCCGCAAACCUCACUGGCCCCAUCCCCGCUAAUCUUGGGAGGCUGCGUCGUGUCAAGAUUCUUGAUCUUGCCCAUAACACCUUAUCAGAUGCUAUUCCCUCUGCACUCGGCAACCUUACAAAGCUUGAGACUCUAAAUCUCUAUGACAACCACAUCUCAGGGCACGUACCAAUGGAGCUGCAAAAUCUGUACAGCCUUAGGGUCAUGGCUCUUGAUCAAAAUUACUUGACUGGUCCAAUACCAAAGCAUCUAUUCGAUGCCAAACAUUCGUUAACCCACAUAUACCUCGGAGACAAUAGUUUGUCGGGACCCAUACCAGACAGCGUUGCCUCCUUGUCCAUGCUCCGAGUUCUUUCGUUACCAAGCAAUCAGCUCUCUGGUCCAGUGCCUCCUGCCAUUUUCAACAUGUCUAGGCUUGAAACCAUAAGCAUCAGGAAGAACAAUCUAACAGGGGCUAUACCUACUAACGAGAGCUUUAAUCUCCCGAUGUUGCGAAAGAUAGACCUAUACAUGAACAAAUUUACAGGCCCAAUCCCAUCUGGGCUUGCUUCAUGCAAGCACCUUGAGAUGAUUUCUCUAGGAGGGAACCUCUUUGAAGACGUUGUGCCUGCGUGGCUCGCAACCUUGUCACAGUUAAAAUCACUCUCAUUAGGCGGCAAUGAGCUCGUCGGUCCGAUCCCGGGACAGCUUGGAAAUCUGUCGAUGCUAAAUAUGCUUGAUCUCUCAUUCUCCAACCUAAGCGGGCCGAUUCCAGUGGAGCUAGGAACGCUGUCACAGCUCACAUUUAUGAGUCUUUCAAAUAAUCAGCUCAAUGGUACCUUUCCUGCUUUUAUUGGAAACUUAUCUGAAUUAUCUCACCUGGAGUUGGCAUAUAACCAGCUGACUGGGCAUGUACCAUCAACGAUUGGAAACAAUAUCAGGCCUCUGAAGCAUUUUGAAAUUCGAGGUAAUCACCUCCACGGGGAUCUCAGCUUUCUGUCUAGCCUUUCUAACAGUCAGCGACUUGAGGUCCUCAUCAUAUCAGAAAACCUUUUUACUGGCUGUAUCCCCAACUCUGUUGGAAACCUCUCCACUGGUAUCUUAGAAUUCCGAGCUAAUAACAACCGCUUAAUCGGUGGACUUCCUGCUAUCCUAUCGAACCUAACUAAUCUGCGUUGGAUCAAUUUUGCAGACAACCAACUCAGCAAACCAAUACUGCCAGCUUCCCUCAUGACGUUGGAGAAUCUGCUGGGAUUUGAUCUCUCCAAGAAUAGUAUAGCUGGUCCAAUCCCCAAAGAAAUUAGUAUGCUGACAAGACUUGUAUGCUUGUUCCUCAGCGAUAAUAAACUCUCAGGUUCAAUACCAGAUGGCAUUGGCAAUCUCACCAUGCUAGAGCACAUUCACCUAUCUAAUAACAAGCUCUCAUCAAUUGUCCCAACAAGCAUCUUUCAUCUUAAUAACCUUAUCCUACUACUUCUGUUCAAUAAUGCCCUCACUGGUGCAUUACCAUCUGAUCUCAGCCACUUUCAGAAUAUAGAUCACAUAGAUGUGUCUGACAAUAUGUUAGAUGGUCAGCUCCCAAAUUCAUAUGCAUACCAUCCUAUGUUAACCUACCUAAACCUAUCUCACAACUCUUUCAGAGAUUCAAUCCCGGACUCUUUUAGCCAUUUGACCAACUUAGCAACAUUGGACCUUUCUUACAACAACCUUUCAGGUACUAUACCUAAGUACUUAGCAAACUUUACCUACCUCACUACUCUGAACCUCUCUUUUAAUAAGCUAGAAGGCGAAAUACCAACUAGGGGUGUUUUCUCAAAUAUUACUUUGAAAUCUUUGAGGGGCAAUGCUGGGCUGUGUGGUUCUCCUCGUCUAGGACUUUUGCCAUGUCCGGACAAGUCACUGUACUCAACUAGUGCUCACCACUUCCUGAAGUUUGUACUCCCUGCCAUCAUUGUAGCUGUUGCUGCAGUUGCUAUUUGCUUAUGCCGAAUGACCAGAAAGAAAAUUGAAAGAAAGCCAGAUAUUGCUGGAGCUACUCACUAUAGGUUAGUAUCGUACCAUGAGAUUGUUCGUGCCACUGAAAAUUUCAACGAUGACAACAAACUGGGAGCUGGAAGUUUUGGCAAGGUUUUCAAGGGUCGACUGCGUGACGGAAUGGUUGUUGCAAUUAAGGUUCUCAAUAUGCAAGUGGAACAAGCUAUGAGAAGCUUUGAUGUCGAGUGUGAGGUUCUACGCAUGGUUCGGCAUCGCAACUUGAUAAGGAUACUAAGCAUAUGCUCCAACUUAGAUUUCAAAGCACUGCUGCUUCAGUAUAUGCCCAAUGGCAGCUUGGAGACGUACUUGCACAAGGAAGGCCACCCUCCACUAGGAUUCCUCAAGAGACUGGAUAUUAUGCUUGACGUGUCAAUGGCAAUGGAGCACCUUCACUAUCAUCAUUCUGAGGUUGUUUUGCACUGUGACCUCAAGCCUAGCAAUGUGUUGUUCGAUGAGGAGAUGACGGCGCAUUUGGCAGACUUUGGCAUUGCAAAAUUACUUUUAGGCGAUGACAACUCUGCAGUUUCAGCCAGCAUGCAAGGGACACUAGGAUACAUGGCUCCAGAGUAUGCAUCCAUGGGAAAAGCAUCACGGAAGAGCGAUAUAUUCAGUUAUGGGAUCAUGCUGCUCGAAGUCUUAACUAGGAAGAGGCCUACCGAUCCCAUGUUUGUUGGUGACAUGAGCCUUAGGAAGUGGGUUUCUGAUGCAUUUCCGGCAAGGCUUCUAGAUGUUCUGGAUGAUAGGCUUCUACAAGGUGAAAUAUUGAUACAGCAAGGUGUUCUUCAGAACAACGAUACUUCCUUGCCUUGUUCUGCAACUUGGGCCAAUGAGGACCUUCUUGUGGCAGUAUUCGAGCUUGGCUUGAUGUGUUGCAGCAACUCACCAGCAGAAAGGAUGGAAAUAAACGAUGUGGUCGUGAAGCUGAAGAGAAUCAGGAAGGAUUAUUUGACAUGUACAAAAGCAAUAUAAACUUAUCAUUUCAGUAUUUUAUUCAUCAAAGAAGGGGAAUUAAAAGGGAAAAUUGACAUUUUUGGGAUGGAUUUUGUAUUUUGGCCUUGAAGGGAUGUUUGCAGGGGGGUUCAAGGGGAGGAUUCGAAUUCGCAUUUGGGAUUUAAAUAUUGGAAUUUGAACUUCCAAUUCGAGAGUUCGCAUUACUAAUAUAAUAAUUUACUUUUGUUAA